AUGCUUGACGCACCCAAUGCGAAUACUUCGGCUGGGCAACGUGCUGCCCAGGCCAUACAGACGUCCAUCAUCGAGCCGUUCGAUCGUCAUCGAACAAAAUGGACGCGAUGGGUGGAGCGUCUUGAAGGCGCGUUCGCGCUAUUUUCUGUUCCGGAGGACAGGAAAUUACUGAUGCUGCUUCAUUAUAUUGGGUGUGAAAAUUACGAUAUUGUGGCGGAUAAGUUGGCCCCAGUGAAACCGCAGGCCAAAAGUUACGCAGAAAUCGUAAAAUUGCUGGAAGAGCAUUUCACCCCGAAACCACUGGAAAUAUUAGAAAAUUUCCGUUUCAAGUGCUGCAAGCAGGGUGAUGAGUCAAUAGAUGACUACCUGCUAUUGCUAAAGAAGUUAGCAAUUACAUGUAAUUUCGGGGAAUACUUGAGCACUGCCCUGCGCAACCAAUUCGUCUUCGGCUUAAAAAAUCGGGGAAUACAAGCGAGAUUGCUCGAAGUGCGCGACCUUACGCUGGAUAAGGCGCAUGACCUCGCUGUGGCAAUGGAAAUGUCAGCGCGAGGGGGUGACGAAAUUCAGGGCCAAGAGAAGAACGAUAUUUGGUUGCUACGUCAGGCUAAUAAGACUACAAAAGGCCGGAAACCAAUGCAUACAGAUCGACGGGAAAAGGUGAGCACUAAUACAAGCACAGCUGCGUGUUACCGGUGCGGUAACAAACAACACAUGGCGAACAAGUGUGCGCACGUAAAUACAGUAUGCCACAACUGUAAAAAGACGGGUCACUUAAGCAAAGUCUGCUCGAAGAAGCAAAAUGUGCCCGGUACACACAAACACAAUGCAGUCCACAGCGUGGACGAUACAAAUAAAUUCGACGAAAUUUGCGGUCUGUAUAAUACAGAGAGCCGAAUAGAAAAAUUCUGGGCUGAAAUCUCUGUAAAUGGCAAAGGCAUUAAGUUCGAAGUGGAUACCGGUGCCCCGGUUGCGAUUAUAAGUCUGGAGGACUUUAAAAAGGUACUGCCAUCUUUAAAACUGCAUGCAGCAGAUUUGACACUGGUAAGCUACAGCGGAGAUCCUGUCAAACUGCGUGGAAAAUGUGUAGUUACGGUUAAAAGUGCAAGUGACGCACAACAACUACCAUUGUACGUAGCUGAAAACCGCAAGCACCCGUUACUAGGGAGAAAUUGGAUCAAGGCGCUACGACUUGAUAUGAACCAAUUCCACGAAAUCCACAGCGUGGAUGUUACAAAUACAGAUGGCAACACAUCGGUUACAAAAUUGCUACAAAAAUACGAUGGUGUGUGUGCCGAGCCCAUAGGCAAAAUAAACGGGCUGGUAGCGAAGCUGCGCUUAAAGGACAAUGCGCAGCCAGUAUACAUGAGAGCGAGAACAGUACCAUUUGCAAUUAGAACUGCGGUAGAGCAGGAAAUAGAAAAAUUGGUGAAUAAUGGAGUUCUGGUGAAAGUCAACCACAGCGAUUGGGCAACACCUUUAGUUCCUGUGAUGAAAGCGAAUAAUAAAGUGCGACUUUGCGGUGACUACAAGAUAACCGUUAACAAAAACUUGGUGGUGGAUGAACACCCUCUUCCCAGCAUUGAAGAGUUAUUUGCAAAUGUGGCGGGAGGUGAGAAAUUUAGCAAAAUUGAUCUAUCCCAAGCUUACCUUCAGCUUGAAGUGGACAAAGAUCAGCAAGACAUACUUACACUGAGCACACAUAUGGGAUUGUACAAGCCGACACGCCUGAUGUAUGGUGACGAGUCACUGCCUGCUGAAACGUUACUGGAACCUACUACAACCAGAACGGCAGGACCUUCUGCUUCGGUCAACGAACCCUUGACUGAAAAGUGCAUACCGGAAGUUGUGUCAACUUCACUACCAG